AUGUCGCCUGUACUUGAUUUCGUUAAAACUCUUCAUCUGCAACCAACAUGGGAAGACAUGACACCACAAUUUAAUUUAACAUUUUGCUCAUUAUCAAUGUCUAAUUUACAAGUACCAGAAGUUGCAUAUAAACGACAUAUUGAAGAACUUGAACAUGAAAUGACACAAAUUGAUGAACGAAAAGAAUUAAUAGCAGCAAAACAACGUAAAGAAAAAGAAAAAAUUUAUAUUAUUAUAGAUAAACCUAAAGAGGAAUUAUUUAAACAAAAAGAACAUGUUGAACGAGUACGUGCAUGGCUUAAUAUAGAACGAAAUAAAAUCAAAGCCGAAACUAUAAGUGAAUAUCUUCAAUUCUAUAUUUUUCCACGAUGUUUGUUAAAUGAAAUAGAUGCACUUUAUUGUGUACAUUUUAUACGUGUUAUACAUGAUUUAGUAACACCAAAUUUUAGUACAAUUAUUUGUUAUGAUCGAUUAUUUUCUGAUAUAUCAUAUUCACUUGCUUCAUGUUCAGAAAAUCAAGCUAUAGAUUAUAGAAGAUUUCUUGAAUCAUUAUUAGAAACUAUUAUGAAUCAUCGUCAUCAUUUGUUUGCAUCAGCUAAAUGUUAUUGUGAUGGUUUAGCACAGAAACGACGUGAUAUGAUUGAAGAGAGUCAAUUUCAUUCAGUUCCAGAACGUCCACCACCAACAUCAACAAGUAAUAAUAGUAAUAAUAAUGCUGGUACAAAAAUGAAUCCUAUUGUUACACCGACAAUCGGCGAUACAAAUAAUGUUAAUCAUCAUCCUAUUUUAUCAGAUACACAACCAACACCAUCAUCAAUCACUCGUUCAAAAUAA